GACGCAAUUUGGUGGUAGAGGAGGGGACCAUCAGCAACAACAGUGUAGGAAAGAGGAGGAAGCAAGGAUGGCGGAGUCACACCUCUGAAGCAUCAACCUUACCCUAAGAUGACAACUUUGGCAAGCUUUUCAGCCUGCACCCCCGUCCACCCAUGACCCACAGACAGCGUGCCCUUCAAACAAGUAUGGCUGCCACCCUUCUCCAGAUACUUCAAAGAGUUUUACCUGCCCUGGCGGUUUAACCGAAGGACGACAAAAAUAAACAAAAGCCAGACCUACUAUCUGAAUCGUGGGCCAUUUUUCGGGGGGUAGGGAGAUAAGCCUUCUUGUCUACGUCCGUGCGGCCUACGGUAUCAACGCAUGAGGACGUAAAGGCUGCCUGUCCAACUGCUCCUUCCUUACUAUAUUAUUUGUAUUUUAUUUUUUGGAAUACAAAUCCCGACCUCGAGAGACUCCCAUGAGCGACUCCGUAGGGAGGUGGACCGCGUCGUCAUGAGUAGUACUUUAGGCAAAGACAAAGACUUGAAAGAGAAGGACCCGAAGGGAGGUCUGGCGGUAGGGAGAGAAAGGGACAAAGAGGCCAAGGCGACCCUUGCCGGCUUCGGAGGAGGUAAGGACGGAGGCAAGGAGCCCAAGACCAAAGGGAAAGAUGCCAAAGAAGGAAAGAAGGAUGCCGGGAGCGCGCCGCCGGCAGUCGCCUUCUCCGUCGACGACAAGAUAAAGCGGCCCAACCCGGCGCCGGGCACGCGCAAGAAGUCGAGCAAUGCCGAGGUGAUCAAAGAGCUGAACAAGUGCCGUGAGGAGAACUCCAUGAGGCUUGACCUGUCCAAGAGGUCCAUCCACAUGCUGCCCACCUCCAUCAAGGAGCUGACCCAACUGGCCGAACUCUACCUGUACAGCAACAAGCUGCAGAGCCUUCCUGGGGAGGUGGGCUGUCUGUCCGGCCUGGUCACGCUAGCGCUGAGCGAGAACUCUCUGACCAGCUUGCCGGACUCUCUGGACUCUCUGAAGAAGCUGAGGAUGCUGGACCUACGCCACAACAAGCUGCGGGAGAUCCCGGCGGUGGUGUACCGGGUGACGUCGCUCACCACGCUGUACCUGCGCUUCAACCGCAUCACGGCUGUAGAGAGGGACAUCCGGAACCUGUCCAAGCUCACCAUGCUGAGCAUCCGCGAGAACAAGAUCAAACAGCUGCCCGCUGAGAUAGGGGAACUCUGUAACCUCAUCACUCUGGACGUGGCCCACAACCAGCUGGAACACCUUCCCAAGGAGAUUGGCAACUGCACACAGAUCACCAACCUAGACCUACAGCACAACGAGCUCCUGGACCUCCCCGAAACCAUAGGUAACUUGUUGAGCAUCAACCGCUUGGGCCUCCGAUACAACCGUCUGUCCGCCAUACCGCGGUCGUUAGCCAAGUGCCGGGAGCUGGAGGAGCUGAACCUGGAGAAUAACAACAUCUCGGUGUUACCAGAGGGCCUCCUUUCCAGCCUGGUGAACCUGACGAGCCUCACGUUGGCCAGGAACUGCUUCCAGUCGUACCCGGUGGGCGGGCCCUCUCAGUUCUCCACCAUCUACUCCCUGAACAUGGAGCACAAUCGGAUCAACAAGAUCCCCUUCGGGAUCUUUUCCAGGGCUAAGGUGCUCAGCAAGCUCAACAUGAAGGACAACCAGUUGACGUCUUUGCCCCUUGACUUUGGCACGUGGACCAGCAUGGUGGAGCUGAACCUGGCGACCAAUCAACUGACCAAGAUCCCGGAGGACGUCUGCGGAUUGGUGUCCAUAGAGGUGUUGAUUUUGUCCAACAACCUCCUGAAGAAGUUGCCUCAUGGUAUUGGGAAUCUGAGAAAGCUGCGAGAGUUGGAUUUGGAAGAGAACAAGUUGGAAUCCCUCCCCAAUGAAAUCGCUUAUCUUAAAGAUUUACAGAAACUUGUGUUGACCAAUAAUCAGCUGACCACGUUGCCAAGGGGGAUCGGUCACCUCACCAAUCUGACGCACCUGGGGCUGGGGGAGAACCUGCUCCAGCACCUGCCUGAGGAGAUCGGUACACUGGAGAACUUGGAGGAGCUGUACCUCAAUGACAACCCCAACCUGCACAGCCUCCCCUUUGAGCUGGCGCUGUGCAGCAAGCUGUCCAUCAUGAGCAUAGAGAACUGUCCACUCAGCCACCUUCCCCCGCAGAUCGUCGCAGGGGGGCCUUCCUUCAUCAUCCAGUUCCUCAAGAUGCAAGGACCCUACCGUGCCAUGGUCUGAGAAGAGGAGGAGGAAGUGGUGGAGGAGGAAGUGGUGGUGGUGGAGUUGGAGUGGGGUGGGGUUCCAAACCAAUACCGAACCUGGCCCGCUCGUGCUCUGGCCCGUCCAUCAACCAUUCUGUGUGACAGUGUCUCAUACGCUGUACAGAAAGAAAGAAAAUAGAAACUUAACAGUUGAGUGUAGAUGCGGGGGAAGAGGAAGAAGAGAUGACCGGUUUGAUCCAUUAUGUAUUGGGAGAGAGAGGGUGAGAGAGCGAGAGAGAGAGAGGGGGGAGGAGAAUAUAUUGCGACUAUUACAUGUUUUCCUAAGAGGAUUCCUAGCCAUCUGAGAGAGCCCAUCCUCCAACCUGUUCACUUCUUUCCCAAUCAUGUAAAAUGAUGAAAAGAAAUAUGUAACUCGUUUGCCAAAACUGAUUAUGUAUAUUUUAGCUACCGUAAGCAAAAGUGGCAAAAAAAAAACUCUUUUAACCGUAUAAACCUACCGUACUCCUAAUGCCAACCUAUUUACAGUAAUUAAGUAUAAAUUUCAGUUAGGUGAGGCUUUACAGUUGUAUGCAAAAAAGAACUAAACGAAACGACAAACAAAAAAAAUCUAUUUCACUGCUGCUGCCGUAACCCCAUAGUGUCAAAUUUUUUGGUCAACUUUAUUCUUCUACAUUAUAUAUAUUUUUUCUCCUCUGCAUUCCCUCUUAUUUUUACCACAGGUUGACAAAAUAUUAGAUUUGUUUCUUGUGUUAUUGUUAGGAUAAAUCAUUUGACCGUAGGAGAACAAAAAAGGUCUAAUGUCAGUUUUUGUGUUUUUGAUUUUACAUUGUAAAACUGUGCCUAUACCCAGUACAGUCCACUGGUCUGUCUGAAACACACAUUUGUCCAUGAUUAUACAAAGGUAUAAUUUAAAAGAAUGCUUUUUAUAAUAAUGAUCUUUUUACAGUUUUUAUUUUACAUUUCUUAUAUAUAAAUACGCGCCUUCUUCUAACUGUGGGAAGAAACAAAAGAAAAUUUUAAGUUAUAAAAUAUACUAGUUUUAAUUGAAAAGGCAGUAGUUGUGAAACAAACUUAAUAUAUACAAGAAAUGCAAAAAUCAUAAAUGCUUUAAAAAGGACCAAGCGAGUUUUGGACUUCACAAACUGGGCACAGUGGUGGCCUAACAUGUUAGACAAUUCUUUUGGUGGAAAAAAAAGUAUUGACAACUGUAAAAAGACAUGGGUGUUGCGGGGGGGCAGUGAUUGGUCUGUAAUAUAACACACACACACACAUUGAUCAUUGCCUUGAGUGCAAUUCUAGUUAUUGUAAUGUUUACUUUUUUGCUAUAUCUUCAGUGUUGGGCUACAGAGCUGUCGUACAGAAUUGUGGAAAAACAAAUUGGAAACGAUUCACAACCAACAUAUCAAGAGCAUCGAAGGAGGUUCACUGUUGUCUAGUGAUGAUCGGCGUUGAGGCUACUGGUGAAGCAGGGAUGAACACCCUAUCUUCUCCAGAAACCAAGGCAUUUCACAUCCCUUUUUUUAUAACUUGUUUUCAAAUCCACAAUUUUCUUUAAAACCUUUUGAGGAAAAAAAAUGGUUUAUCCUUAUUUUUUUAUUUUUUAUUUUUACUUUAAUUUUACCUUUUACCAUCUAAGAAGAUUCUAACAAUCUAGACAGUUACAAAAAAAGUUCCUUGGCUCUCUUGUGUCCCACACUGUUCCAGCAACGCUGCUGGUAUUAUGCACUUUUUACAAUUAUAUUGGCGUCCUCUUUAAAUUUAAACAGAAGAUAACAUCUCCUAUCAGUUGUGUUGAGGAGAUGGGGGGGGGGGGGGGGGGGGGGGGGGGGGGGGUCAAACGGUGAAGUAAAUAUGAUAUGAACAUUCUUGUGUAAAUUGACAAUUGUGUCAAAUGAAUAUAAAGGAUAUCUGUUUCCAUGAGCGCAAAGUUUUUUACUUUUUCGGGGAGGACAAUUCAAAUGUUAAAUGGCCUAUUUUGUCACAUCAAUCUGUAAAGCAACAUGCUCAUGUCAGUUGUAACUGUCAAGUUAAAGGGUUUAUGGAAAUGUUUAGAUGUAUUAAAAUGCCCGUAUCUUGCUUUUUAUUUUUGCAAGCAAAAUGGUUAUUUUAAUUGAUUGCAAUUCAGAUCUACAAUGUACAUUUUUAAUCCUUAUGUUUUAAUAAAUUUUCUUUUUUCUUUGACUUUUCUAAAUAAUGAAAUGUGUAUUCAGUUAGUAUUAUAUCAAGUGACUGUAUAUUAAAAUCCCAAUUAAGGUAAUCAAACCAAAUCUUUUUAUAUAUUUUUUUUCUUUUGGAAAAAAAGGAAGAAAAAAAAAAAAAAUGGAAAAAAAGUGUUGCGUCCAAACUUUGUAUACCCAAUCAUGAUUUUUUUGUUUUUUUUUGAGUGUGUAUCUAUUUUUUGCGUCAGAAACGUACGGCAAGGUUUUCUUGGUGGGUGUGCACUGAUCUCAGGAGACUCGGGUCAGCACACGCGUUAACUCAGCCUGCGACAGUGGGAAGGGCGUGGAAGUCGAGAUGACUAAAUGUAUCGCUGCUUUUCACUACCAGCAGAACCUGUUGUUGCUUUCUGAACUGAAACGUUGGAAACAUGCUGUAAAGAAUAGGGUGGGGGGGGGGGGGUGUGGGGGGCAGAGGCUACACAAAUACAGACUCGUAGCUUGAUUGGGACAAAUCCACAGGCGGACCUUGACAGUUGGGGUCUUCAGGUCCCCCUUUUCCCCCUCAAACCGAUCAAAUCGUUUGGACUCUUCGACGACGUGGAAAACCCAAGGUGCAUAUUUGAACCUACCGUAGAAACAGUUACUACGCUCGAGACUUCGAAAAAUACAAAAAUAAUGUAAAAAGGGCUUUCUCUGUUACACGCUCAAACGAUACACUGGAGGCAUUGCAUUCCUGGUUUUAUAUAUAUAUAUAUAUUACAAACAUAUAAGCUUUGGGGAAAAAAGAAAAAUGUACUACAUGAUUUUGAUUUGUGUAUUUUACGUUUAGCUGUAAACAAAUUGAAUUAUGUGAAAAUGCCUUCGACGAGUACCUAAACGUGAGAUGUGCAUUGGGUAUUGUAGCCAAAAGGCUGUGCUAUACCUGUAUAACCCUCCAGUCUUUAAUUUGUUUGAAUCUUUUUCAUAUAUGUGCCAUUUGCAAGUUGGGAAGAGGGGCGGGGAGGGAGGGACAUGGAUAAUGUUCGCUUAUGUCUGAAAUAAAGAAAACUGAGACAUAA